CCACCCUCCCGAAUCGGCCGCUUCCAGGCCGGAAGUGCUUAGGUUUCCCGUGCGAGAGGGAGCCGGCCGCGGGAAGGGACCCCGGCGCGGAACCGGAGCCUGGCGUCGGCCCGCCCCUUCCAAGGAGAGCGCGGUCCCGGCCCUCCCCGCUGCGAACCCGGCUCGCCGCCGGCGCCCAAUCAGUGCGCUCGCCGGGUCUGUGACGGCGUUCGGCCCCGCCCCCUCGACGGCCAUAAAAGGCCGCGGCGAAGGUGGCACUUCUGAGCACCGCGCUCGGCCCCAGGUGUGCUCCUUCGUCUGCUCCCUGCGGCACCGCUCGCGGUGUUGUUCCCGCGGCCAGCCACCGGUUCCUUGUCCUCACUCCCCAUUGCGGGUUGGCUGAGCCAGUCUCCAGGCUUCUUCUUUUCCUUCCUCUUUCCUCGGCGGCCGCAGUACCUCGCGCUGUAGCCCACCUGGCCUGCAGGUGAGCAGCGGCACAGCGCCCCUGUCUGGCGAGCUCACCCUGCUCGUGCCAGAGCGGCGGGGGCUCCCCUCCAAGGCUCCCCCUUCCCACAGGAUGAAGAACCCGAUGCUGGAGGUGGUGUCCCUACUCCUGGAGAAGCUGCUCCUCAUCGCCAACUUCAAGCUCUUCAGUUUGGGCUCCCCCGGCGAAGACAAAGGGAGGAACAGAUUCUAUGAGAUCAGCUCUUUCCUCCGAGGCGACGUGCUGGAGGUGCCCCGGACCCACCUGACCCACUAUGGCAUCUACCUGGGUGAUAACCGUGUCGCCCACCUGAUGCCCGACAUCCUGUUGGCCCUGACGGACGACAAGGGGCGCACGCAGAAGGUGGUCUCCAACAAGCGCCUCAUCCUGGGCGUCCUUGUCAAAGUGGCCAGCAUCCGCGUGGACACAGUGGAGGACUUCGCCUACGGAGCCAACAUCCUGGUCAAUCACCUGGACGAGUCCCUCAAGAAGAAGGCGCUGCUCAACGAGGAGGUGGCGCGUAGGGCUGAGAAGCGGAUAGGCUUAACUUCCUACAGCCUACUGUGGGACAACUGCGAGCACUUCGUGACCUACUGCAGAUACGGCACUCCGGUCAGCCCCCAGGCCGACAAGUUUUGUGAGAAUGUGAAGAUCAUUAUUCGUGAUCAGAGAAGUGUUCUUGCUUCAGCAGUCUUGGGAUUGGCAUCUAUAGUCUGUAUGGGCCUGGCAUCAUAUACUACUCUUCCUGCAAUUUUUAUUCCAUUCUGCUUAUGGAUGGCUGGCUAACUUCAUAUCCCCACAUCAGUGUGUAUCCUGUUUAUAAAUAUGUUUAUAUUUAUAGAGCACCAAUCAGUAUAAAAGCAUUGUUGAGAAAAAUGUGACCUACAACACUGUGUUCUGGAUAAAAAUGUGAUAAGAAUCACACAAAGUGCUUACUGUGUAAGCCCAAGAACAAAGGCUUUCUGAAUCUUCUCAGGCAGUUCUGUUUUAAAGUACUGUCCAAACCUUGGAAACAGGAUAGCUUGUGAUAGAAUUCAGCAAUACAAGAAAACCAGCCCCUAAGAUGGUGGCCACAGGAGAUUAUGUUUUGUCUUGUUUUUUUCCCUCCUGUAGUCACUGAUAUUCUGUUAGGCUGAACUUGAAGAUUGGAAGACUUAUUGAAUGAGAUCACUAACUUUAUUGUAAAUUUAUUCUGUUUCAUUGAAAAACAUAUUAAACUGAAAGUAUUUCCUUCCCUCAUUCAGAUGAGAACAUGUUUUAUGAUUGCUCAAAAAAAAAGCUCACAAUCUGUUUUUUUUAUGUAUUAUAUGUAAUCCUAAGUCAAGAAUGUUUUAUUUUCAUUACUUGAAACCAAUAUUAGCAAAGUUCAAUUUUAAUUACGUAGUAACUGACCAGAAAGUGUAGAAAUCUGUGUUUUCCUGUAAAAAAUAGCUACUAUAGCAUCAUUUGAACAAUAUGGUUUGGCUUUACUUACUAUGAAGCCUGGAAUUCAUUAUGUUUUCUCCUUUUAUGUGCCACUGUGGUUACUUCAGAUCACUCUGAGAGUUAAAUGUACAUAGGAUUAAAGUAAUUGGUGUAUUUGGGGUGUGUAUGUGUGUCAAAGAAGUAUACAGAUAUCCAUAUACACAAAGCCUGAGACAAAUUGUUGAUUGCUUCAUUAUCAUACUAGUGUGGUUAUUAUAGAGCAUCAGUAGAGGUAUGAAUAUAAAAGUAAGUCCACUCUAUUUUCUUAUGUCUUUGAAUUUGUAGUAUUAAUUUGCAUAGAUGUCAUCAGAUGGAUUAUCUUUAAAAGCAUUUACUAUUAUACUGUGAAGUUUUUAAAAGCUCUCAGAUUUGUUUUCUAGUCACUUUUCUCCGUGUCAUUUCUAAUUAAAGCUUAUGUCCUUAAAAGAAUGUCACAGCAGUAUAUAAAACCCAAAAAAGUAGGACCAAAGGAAAUUAGUGUUUGAAAUAAUUUUUAAGUGUCUUAGUACUGCCAGUCAUGUAAGUUUAUUUCAGUGAGACAGUUACAAUAUCAGAGUUGAGAUGAAGCAGUGUUAAAACAAGCAUUCAAGCACUUUUGCAAAAUUACCAUAUUCUAAAAAUGAAGCCACAGGCUAGACUUGCAUUUCAGGUAUUAAAAUUGCUUUCUUAACUCUCAAGAAUCACAAAAUAAUGAAUCAUAUUAUGAGUGGUAGGGGUAGGGUGGGGUUAACCUGUCAGUGAUCCAAUGAGAAUAAAUUUCAAAAGCACAUUUUAGGUUAAAUGAUAUGCCCACAACAUAUUCAGCUGGAAUUUAAUAAUUAAACUUUAGAUAAUUUUAAUGUAAAUACUUAAAACAUUAAAUGCAACACCACAGAAUAUUUGUGUUGUAUGGGCCUAUUCCAACCACUUAAAAUUAUCUUAAGUAUUUAUACAUAAAAAACAAUCACUAUGAGAACCAUUGUUAGUGGUUUUUUCACUUACUGUUUAAGUAACCCUUAUAGCAAUAGUUUAAAUAAAUUCAUUUCUUAAAAAUAUAGUGUCCUCAUAAAUAAUUAACACCCUUUUUGCAAACUUUAAUAUUGCAGGCAGCAAAAUCUACUGUCUGAAAUUAAAUCUAUGUUCAAAGAUAAUGAUCCCUCAUUAAAUGCCAAGGAAGUUCUUAAGGUUAGAAUUAACGUGAUUAGCCUUGACUCACUUCAUUAAAGCAAGAUUCACUUCCUCAUUCAUUUGAGUGCUCAUUAUAUGCCAGGCACUGAUCUGUUGCAAUUUCAUGGUCUAGAAUUAAUAUUAUUAUUUUUUAACUAGCUAUAAUAGGGUGUAUAUAGUGUUAUGGGACAUAUAGGGGAAGGAGCAAUUAAAUCUGCAGGAAGAGUGAGAGAAAUCUAUAUUCAGGACAUGAUGCCAGCAUUAAGCUCAGAAAUAGUGUGAGCUGAACACUGAUGUGUUCAACUGCUUAUGGGGAGAGGGAACUGGAAGAAAGGUUUUAUUUAUUAAAUGUUCCACAAUACUAGAAUUGUUGAACUUCUUAGGAGACAAGGAGUGUUUCCAUUUGUUUUGUUGUGCUCUGUUUGGUUAGUUGCUUAACAAGGUAGCAUAAGAAGCACAUCUUCCCGAUUGUGGCUAUGGAAGAAACCCUGAGCCAUUAAUGUGUUUCCUAACUUGAGGCAGUUCAUAAAUUUCUCUAGGCUUCAUCCAUUAAGGUUCAUCUUUAUGAUCCUUAUAUUUCUAUUGUAACAUGUAAAAUAAUAAGCAAGUAGUGUCUGAUGAAGCUGUUUCUGGCUCAUUUUGCUCUUUGCCACAGAUGAAGGCCAAAUAGAACUAGUAGGGGCUAAGACGAAUCAAUGCAAGUGUAAAGUACCAGGCAGGUGUGAGGGAUGAAACGAUGAAUGAGACAUGGACCUUGUCCUCAAAGUUUAUGGCCUACUAGACAUACUGUAUGAAGACUUCAGGUGACUGAAAUCCAGAUAGAGCCGAUUGAAGGCACAGAAAGAGGUUAGUUUUAACUGAUGAGGCCAAAAUUAUAGGGACCAUGUACCAAGACCUGUCAAAGGUAUGUGGAUAUUUUCCAGGAGACAGAUUUGGGGCAGGACAUUCCAUGCAUUGGGAACAGCAUGAGCAAGUGUGUGCCAACAGCCUGCAACAUGCCCAGCAUGUGGCUGUGAUGACUGGAAGCAUGAAACCGCACAGGGCAUUCAGGCAAGUGCAAGUGAUUCAGGGGCUAGAGCACAGCAAGAGUGCUGGGAAAAAAUGUCAGAAAAGGAAAACAGUGGUCUUGUGUAGAUUAAGAUUUCUGGGCUUGAUAAACAGGCAGUGGAAAUUUGGAGUUCAGAAGUGUAACUUCCAAAAGUAUGGAAGAAGGAUGGGGGCAUGGGGCAAGACUGGACAAAGGGACCUAUUAAGAUACUAGCUAAGGGCCUCAAUCUCUCAAAUCCCUGUAAUUGUGAGGGUGGAGAGCAAACAUGUCAAGGAAGAGUCAGCAGACUUUAGCAAAAUCCUUUUAUUUGACUCAUGAAUAACUCUUGGUUAGGGAAGAGUCAUGCACCUUUCUUGCCUGCCAGAAAGUUGGUUCCUGCAACAUAAAUUUAACUUGAUGACUAUGUGUAUAUUGUAUACUCCUGAUUUUGCUCAGAUAGAUGUGUUUCCUUCUAAGGACAAGCAUGUAAGCAUUGAUUUGUUGUUUAAAAUUUUUUAAUUUUCAGAAUAUAGAUAUAUUUCUUAUUUUUUCCACUUUAUUUCAUACUAUUAAUGGCAAAUAUCAAAAAGAUUUUCCAGUAACAUCAAGUUAUAGCAAUGGCAAAAGUCUUGUUGUAGCUGAGAAACAUAAGAAAUGGUUGCUAAUCUUUGUUUUAUAUGAUAUAGUUAGAGAGUUUUACCCAACCUAGAUCUAUCAGCUAAACUAAUUUUAUAUUUGGUAUACAUGCAUGUCAAAUAAAAUCUGUUUUACAUA